CAACUCGCGAAUUCAGUCCUCUCGAAACCACGCGACAAAAGACAAUUCCUGGGAUAAGCCACAAUAGAGCCGCGCGAGUUCGUUCCCUUCGAGUGUGCCGAUCAUAUUCGCGCAUUUUUAUGAAUUGUUGACGAGAGCGGAAUUUUUGGCGUACGGAAAUACAUCGAAAGCGGACUUCGUGCAAGAUCUGUGUGCAACGUUGCAGCCGCGAGUUCUUCUUCGCAUAAACACCUAAUUGCGCCGACAUGGAGCAAAAUGGUAUCUCGAUAAUAUCACCACCGGGUGCCACGGAAAACCUGUCUAUCGGAAAGUCCAAAAGUAUCGGCAUCACGCUCCGAUCCAAUGGUACAAUACAAUCGGCGAAGGAGAAGCUGAAGACACCUUGGCUGAAGAAGACGGAAGAAGAUAAUAUGUGCGACAAGUUUCUGGCUAUCCUGGGAGAAGUGAUUGGAACAGCAAUUCUAAUCUUUUUGGGAUGCACGGCAGGCCUGGGCAGCAUGAAGCCGUAUAAUGAAACCGGACCGUCUGUCAUACAAAUUUCUUUCGCUUUCGGUCUCGCUGUUAUGAUCGCUAUACAGUGCGUUGGUCACAUCAGUGGCGCUCACCUCAAUCCCGCUAUCACAAUCGCCGCAGUGAUUCUCGGAAACAAGACUCUGAUAAUGGCCGGAUUCUACAUCAUUGCACAAUGUUUGGGUGCCCUGAUAGGUUUCGGCCUGCUAAAGUUAGUAACGCCGGCAAAUCUUAUGCACAACGGCGCGGGCGAUCCAUCCGUCCCGUUCUGCAUGACGGACAUUAAUAAGGAAAUAACGGUCGGUCACGGAAUCGCGGCUGAAGCUUUAGCUACGGGAGUAUUAGCCUUCUUCGCCUGCGGAAGUUGGGACUCGCGAAACGCGAAGAACAGCGACUCGAUGGCGCUGAAAUUUGGUCUCUGCGUCACCGUCUUAUGUCUCGCUUUCAUCCCUCACACCGGCUGUAGUUUGAACCCCGCCAGAACGUUCGGACCAGCAGUCUGGAACGGCCACUGGACAUAUCACUGGGUAUACUGGCUGGGACCGAUCGGAGGCGCCGUUAUCGCGGCUAUGAUAUAUCGAUCUCUAUUUUCGCCUAAGACGAAAGAUCCAGAUGACAACAUAAAAGACAUGGGAACCUUCAACGGCAUCGAGACGUAAACGGAAUCUGAGCGAAAUUGCAUUCCGGUCGUCGGUGUUUCACAAAUUGAACGAGAAAUCCUGAUCGCACUGGUAUUUUUCCCGGUUGAGAAAAAGAGAGUUGCAAAAGUUGCGACGAAAGAAACUCUCGUGCGGAGCGACGGAAGCCAGAUCGGACGGGCUUCGAACUUUACGGAUUUCUACUUUCAAGGCGCUCGGAAAUGUCCUAUUCGAAAAUCUUGUAACCCGAAGGAUCGCAACGCAUCGAAGGACUGCCACGCGACAAGGACUUCUGCGUCGUAGACUGAUGUGAUGGAUUAUUUUUGUACAAAAAACACGAUGUAAUAUUAGAUAAGGCGUCGCGUAACGUUAGUUUUAGAUAUAGUUAUAGAUCUAAAAUUUAUGACAUGUUCGUUAUGAUUAUAUUUUAUUUACUUUACCGCGUCACGGCCUCGCAAAACACCGUAGAAAUGCAUUUUAAAUAAAAAACGGACAAAAUAUAAAUUAUAAAUUAUUCUU